ACGAAAAUCGGUCGAGGGAAAAAUUUUAGAGGAAUUAAAGAGCAAUUUCCGUGAAAAGUAAGACGAAAAGUAGAGAAAAAAGUUUAAAAAUGUCAUCGCCAGGUCCUCGUUCGCCUGAACUCACAGACAAAAGUCGCAAAUACGACCGACAAAUCAGAUUAUGGGGUGAACACGGGCAAAGUCAGUUGGAAACGGCGCAAGUUUGUCUCAUAAAUGCCACAGCCUUGGGAGCGGAGAUUAUGAAGGGACUCGUUUUGCCCGGCAUCGGCGGUUUCAUGAUCGUAGACGACUCGCUCGUGACCGAAGCGGAUCUCGAUAGCAAUUUUUUCCUCGAUGCCUCGUCCCUGGGCAAGGCUCGUGCCAAGUGCUGUGCCACAAUGUUGCAGGAAAUGAACACGGAUGUCAACGGGGACUACGUUGACGAAAGCAUUGACCACAUUUUACAAGUAAAUCCGGAAUUUUUCAAAAAUUACGACGUCGUUGUCGCUACAAGUCUCGAUGAACGUUCGAUCGUGACGCUGUCAAAUCUGUUGUGGGACUUGAACAUUCCGCUGGUGAUUUGUCGUUCCGUGGGAUUUUUGGGCAGUGUGCGGGUGCAAGUGAAGGAACAUUGUGUCAUCGAAACGCAUCCGGAUAACCGGCAGAGCGAUUUGCGACUCGAACAGCCGUUUGCCUCGUUAAAGGAACACAUUGACAACACAACGCUCUCCCCAAAAGUGCCCUGGCUCAUUGUCAUGUACAAAUAUCUGCAGCAAUAUGUCGCCGAAAACAAUGGACAAGUACCGUCAACGUAUCGGGAAAAAAUUAAGUUGCGCGACAUGAUCCGUGCUGGCAUGACAGCGGACGAGGAGAAUUACGAAGAAGCGAUUAAAGCGGUAAAUUCGAGUUUUGGCGGCGGACAUCUCACAACCGGCAUCAAAGCCAUCAUGAAUGACGAGAGUUGCAUAAAUCUCAAUAAGCAAAGCACGCCUUUUUGGAUUCUCGUGCGUGCCGUGAAGGAUUUCGUGGAGACUGAGGGCAAAGGAUGGCUCCCCCUGCCUGGCGUAAUACCUGACAUGACAGCAGAUACCGCUUCUUACAUAAAUUUGCAGAAUAUUUAUCGGGCCCAAGCCUUGCAUGAUGCAGAUAUCGUUCAUCGACGUGCCCAGCAGCUGCUAAAAGAGCUCGACAAACCAAGUGAUACCAUUACGGAGAAGGAUGUGAAGCUCUUUUGUCGCGAGGCGGCGAAUUUGGCGGUGAUUCGUGGCACCAAAAUCGCAGACGAGUACGAAAAAGGGUACAAGGCGACAAGUAUUGCACGCGGACUUGAGACGCCAAACACCUUGGUGGAGCAUUACGUGAUUUUGCGUGCGAUGGAAAAGUUUAAGACGGAAUAUGGGUCGACGCCGGGCCAAACGGAAGUCGAAACAGAUACGGCGCGCAUCAAGGGGAUUGCGUGUCGAUUGCUCAACGAGUGGGGGGUUUCCGCGCAGAUAAGUGACGACUUGGCACACGAACUUUGCCGGUAUGGCGGACAUGAGGUACACAGUAUCUCGGCAUAUGUGGGCGGAUGUGUGGCACACGAACUGAUUAAACUGAUCACGAAGCAGUACAAGCCGAUUAAUAAUACUUUCAUUUAUAACGCAAUUACAUCCGAAACUGAUGUUUAUCAGUUCUAAGAGUGAUGUACUAAAUAUUUUUUUUCCUUUUUUUUUUGAACGAUGUUGAUGAAUAAAUCUAUAGGUAUA